AUGGGGGACCCGGACCUGCUGGAGAUGCUGCAGGAGGAAGGGUUAAGAGCCAAAGAAAUAGACCUUGGCCUCCAAGGGAGUGAGAGCCUCAGCAGCCAGGAAAACAACUUGCUCCUAAGUGUGGAGUCACAACCUUUGUCUGCUAAGCGGUUCAAUUUGUUCCUGAAGCGACGUCUGAUGUUUCAAAGAAGUGAGCAAAGCAAAGAUUCCGUCUACUUCAGAGACGGGGUCAGGCAGAUCGACUUCGUGCUGUCCUACGUGGAUGACGUGAAGAGAGACGCAGAGCUAAAGGCAGAAAGAAGAAGAGAGUUUGAACUAAAUCUCAGAAAAACAGGCCUUGAGUUGGAAAUUGAAGACAAAAUGAACUCUGAAGACGGAAGAACUUACUUUGUGAAGAUCCACGCCCCAUGGGAGGUCCUGGUGACUUAUGCCGAAGUGCUGGGGAUCAAAAUGCCCAUCGGGGAGAGUGACAUCACGCGGCCCCAGAACUUGCCCCUGAGUUACAUGCUGGGGCCCGUGAAGCUGCCGGCCACCGUCAAGUACCCUCACCCCGAGUAUUUCACCGCGCAGUUCACCAGGCACCGACAGGAGCUCUUCCUCAUUGAAGACGAAGCCACCUUCUUCCCGUCCUCAGCAAGAAACAGAAUUGUUUACUAUAUUCUGUCACGGUGUCCUUUCGGAGUGGAAGAGGGGAAGAAGAAGAUCGGCAUUGAAAGACUGCUGAACUCCAACACUUACUUAGCUGCCUUCCCACUCCACGACGGCCAGUACUGGAAGCCAUCAACAGUCCCCACUCACGUCAACGAAAGGUACAUACUUCACAAGAACUGGGCUCGGUUUUCCUAUUUUUACAAGGAGCAACCGUUAGAUUUGAUUCGUGCCGAGAUCUGUGACCCCCACAUCGGAGGUCAGAUGAUCAUGUGCCCACUGUGUGAUGAAGUCUGCGAUUACUGGAGACUGAACACCACCUGCUUGCAUUCCAAGUUCAACCAUCUAUUUGAUAACGAGUCAACCGUGUUCUUUGCAAUAUUCAUGGGAAUCUGGGUCACACUGUUUCUGGAGUUCUGGAAGCAGCGACAAGCCAGGCUUGAGUAUGAGUGGGACCUGGUUGACUUUGAAGAGGAACAACAGCAGCUACAGUUGAGGCCUGAGUUUGAAGCUAUGUGUAAACAUAAGAAGAUGAAUCCCAUAACAAAGGAGAUGGAGCCGUACAUGCCUCUGUUUCAUCGCAUCCCAUGGUACUUUGCAUCCGGAGUAACAGUGAUCUUCGGGAUGGCUCUCCUCCUCAGCAGCAUGGUGUCUGUCAUCGUGUACCGCCUGUCCGUCUUUGCCACGUUUGCCAGCUUCAUGGAGAGCGAAGCCACCUUGCAGAGCGUGAAGACCGUCUUCACGCCCCAGAUGGCCACCUCUCUCUCUGGAUCAUGCUUGAACUUCAUCGUCAUCUUGAUCUUGAAUUUUUUUUAUGACAAAGUAUCUGCCUGGAUCACAAAAAUGGAAAUCCCUCGAACUUACCAGGAGUAUGAGAGCAGCCUCACGCUGAAGAUGUUCCUGUUCCAGUUCGUCAACUAUUAUUCCUCUUGCUUCUAUGUGGCCUUCUUUAAAGGGAAGUUUGUGGGCUAUCCUGGAAAGUACACAUACAUGUUCAGUGUGUGGAGAAGCGAAGAGUGUGAUCCUGCUGGCUGUCUGAUUGAACUGACAGCCCAGCUGACCAUCAUCAUGAUUGGCAAACAGCUUUUUGGAAACAUUCAUGAAGCCUGUCAACCCUUGAUUUUCAAUUGGUGGAGACGCCGAAAAGCUCAAACCAACUCGGAGAAACUGUAUAGUCGCUGGGAGCAAGAUCAUGACCUUCAGGUUUUUGGGCCCCUCGGCUUGUUCUAUGAGUACCUAGAAACAGUUAUCCAGUUUGGGUUUGUCACACUGUUCGUGGCCUCUUUCCCCCUGGCGCCUCUGUUUGCCCUCAUAAACAACAUCGUGGAGAUCCGGGUGGAUGCCUGGAAGCUUACCACUCAGUACAGGAGACCCGUCGCCGCGAAAGCUCACAGCAUAGGUGUUUGGCAAGACAUUCUCUAUGGAAUGGCCAUCCUCUCUGUUGCAACUAAUGCCUUUAUCGUGGCUUUCACAUCGGACAUCAUCCCCCGGUUAGUUUACUACUACGCAUACUCCAACUCCAGCUCCUUGAGUGGAUAUGUCAACAACAGCCUGUCCGUGUUCCUCAUAGAAGACUUCCCCAACCACUCGGCACCCUUGGAGAAGACAGACUUCACCACUUGCAGGUACAGGGAUUACAGAAACCCUCCUGAUCAUGAAAGCAAAUAUGUUCAUAACAUGCAGUUCUGGCACGUCCUUGCUGCCAAGAUGACCUUCAUCAUCGUUAUGGAACAUAUCGUGUUUCUGUUUAAAUUUCUCUUGGCCUGGAUGAUACCGGAUGUUCCAAAAGAUGUCUUGGAGAAAAUCAAACGAGAAAAGUUAAUGACUAUCAAAAUUAUCCAUGACUUUGAGCUCAACAAAUUAAAACAGCACUUUGGGAUCAAUACUGACGAUAUUAUCACCGAGGUCAUUGAGCAAGGGGAAACGGCCACGGCCCAGACCCAGAGGUCGAAAGCCAACAAUGAACCUGAGAGCCCAUCUGCACAGAGCAAGUAGCUGGGAACUUUCCAGGCUGGCUGGCUGUUUCCUCUGAGCUGAGGGCUGGAGGCCCAAAGCCAUGUUUUUUUCUGUAUUUUUGAUUUUUAGCUCAGUGUCUUUGUGCACUUUAAUUGAUGUUGAUGGUAUGCUAUGAGAAAACGUUCAUGUACCCUCUGCUGGGUGCUCCCCAGCGUGCAGCUCUCUGGGGUCCUGUAACCCAUUGCAGGAGGUGCCUGUGGGGUCAGACUCUGAGAGCCGUGGAGUGUGGCUGUUUUGAGUGAAACCCUGGCCUGGGGUCUCUGCCACUCCCCUGGACCACUGCAGAUCUUAGUGUCUUCAGUUGGGCCCCUUCUGUCUCCCUCAGACCAAGGUGCGGCAAAGAGAAAGGAAAGAGGCCCACCAUGUCAUACAAUGUCUGCCGUUAUAAAAUCCACAUGCGAAAAGCCAAAAUUCUAUGUCGUGAGAAGUCUCAUCUAUUAACAAGUACUGGAUAAACACCAUGGUGGGAAAUAUGCUGUGGAAGUGGUCAGGUGGAAGUUAGCACCCAUCAAAUCCAAGAGAGAUCUUCCUGGUAAAUGUAUUCAUUUUUCUAAGAGACUAAACGAGUUUCAACAAAAGACCCUCAGCAGAAUUUUAAGGACACUGUUUCCGCAGUGGUGAUGGACUUCAAUGCUUCGUGAAUGAUCUGAUCUAGAAAACAGCAUUGCACAGGUGUUAGGUUGCCACAGCCUUUCUAGUAAACGAAGGGAUUGUGAGAAGAAAUGCACAGCAAUUAUUCACUCAUGAAGUGGCCCUUUUUAACUCUCCUCUGAAAUACCGAUUUUCAUCAUGAAGCCUUUCUGAGCACUAGGCAUUUGUAUAUGUUGUGUACAAAUUGUUUACAAAAUCUGACGUCUGCUUGCUCUAAAGAAACUCCAAAACUUGUAAUAAAUAUGCAGUCCAUCCCUAGGAUACACCACACACACACACACACACACACACACACACACAGAGCUCGGUGCCUUGUUCCCAUGCCUUUGACACAUGAGACAUUUUGUGGGCAACUUUUAACCUGUCAUGAUCAAGUAUUUCAAAUGUGGGCUUGUCUUAACUGUCAGUGAUACAACCACAGAGUUUUAACACCAAAGGAAAAUCAACCCUGUAAGAAUAAUGUGUUUGUUAAGUACUCCUUUCAAAUUUGGGGCUAUGUGCACGCACAACAAUUCUUGUUGUUUGUUCAGUUAACAAAACAUUACAUGUGUGUAUAUGUGAGUUGCCCUGACCAGCUUGAGUGUUACAGCCCAGCUAUGGGCAUUGGGAUCUUGCCCUGACCAGCUUGAGUAUUACAGUCCAGCUACGAGCAUUGGGAUCUUUAGUUUUAAAUUACAGUUCGGUUAGAAAGGAAGAUUUUUUUUAUCACAUACAUACAAACAAGGAAACUUUAUCACAAGAUUUUUAAAAGUAACGUUCCUUUAAGGAUAAAAUUUUAUAGCUUUGCCAAUAUUAUGGUACUAAGCAUUAAUCAAUAUUAAGUAUUAAAAUAGGGAUUAUAGAUUUUAUAAAACCUUGAGUGUCACCCACUACAUUGGCAAUGCUGAUUUUUUUUUUUUUUUUUUGGCCCACUGGGUAGAUUUUGUGAACAGUUGUGGGUCGUAUGAAAUCCUAAUCGAAGGAUGACCUAGCUCCUGCCUAGAAAGCUCGUGAUAACCAGCACGGAAUAAGCCACAGAUGCAGUGUUUUUGGCUUGUCAAAUCGAACUGUGCCCUCGUAGAGCACACCGCUGGUGCCGCUUUCUUCCUGGUGCUGAUUUUAAAAGGAAGAACAGCCUUUGGUGGAAAAACACUGUCAUUUUUAUGGCCUAAAAGCAUUAUGGAGCUGUGCUGUAAAUUAAAGACAGCUCACUGCUAAACUCUAUAUACUGUAGCUUUACAAUGAGCCCACUUUGGGUGUUGAGUUUCUAGAGCAAAGGAAGACCUUAGCCAGAACUCAGUCUUCAGACAAGCACGUCCUACGGUUGUCGGUGUUUCUACUUUGAAACGCCGUUGUGAUUUCGCACUGAGUAGCUUCUCUGUGUUUCAUAUUUUGCUGGGAAACACUAGGCUCUCUAGGGGAAAGUUUGCUGGCUGAAAUCAGGAGCAGGAGCACAGCUUUGUUCAAACAGAUUUGUCUCAUCUGACCGAAUACCGUGGUUGGUGUGGGAAGGGUACAGGAUGAGCAGCUGACCACCAGGUACAUGUUGGCAUUCAGGACUAUGCCUGUGGUUUUCGUUAUCUGGUCAAACUCAUGGUUUUCUUUUUUUUUUUUCUUUUUUCAGUAAUAUUCCAGGGAACAUUUGAGAUCAUAUGUGAAAACUGAGAUUUUAAGUACCAAAGCCAAAAACACAUAACUCUUUCAAAUGUCCUCUGUAAUCACUAUUUUCAUCAUUUUUAUUUCUCCACACAGAAGUGACAAUCCUUCAAACUGUUUAUUUUAGAGGAAUCUACAAGAGGGGACUGUCCUCAUUAAAUGAAAUACUGCCUUAAUUCUGCAGCAUCUCUGAACUCCUCAAUUUAACCUCCGUUUAGCCAAGCCAUUGAGUGAGUUAUUAAAAGAGGAGGAGAGAGAAAUGGCAGUGACUUCUUGGAGUCUUGUGGGGGGCUCUUUUGGGUCCAGCUGUGGGUAGGAACACGCAAAUCUCUUCCCUGUGCCUGUCGGUAAUGGCAUACGAGGGACUGGGCAUAUUUCAAGUUGACAAUUACUAUGUUUCAAAAGAAAGCCUUUGCCUGCUAAGUGCGUUUGUCGGGUCAGGUAUUGUGAAGAGUCAUGUGGGUCGACUUUGCUCUCCAGUGACAAUGGUACUGUUCAUUCAAAGAUAAUCUGUUUUUUUGAAAGAACCUGUCAUAGUUAUUAUGUAAUUGAAUAACGCCAUUACGGAAAAUCGCAUUACCAGGAUCUGGACUCUGCGGCAAGGAAUCAUCCGACGCAUCCUGUUACUGUUUUCCUCAGAAUUUUAAUCGUCUGCUUUUCUGUGUAGUCAUAGAAGUAUGCCAGUCACUCUGGCAUUAUGUAAAAACUAAUGAAAAUGUUAUUUUAAAAGUA